CGACGCCGUCUUGGGCAGCCAGCAACGCAGCGCCUGGGCCUUUUGAUACCUAGCAACGCCGUUGGAGCCCUGCUCCGCUGCAGGAAAACCUGAAGACGGCAGCAAACCCCGACAAAACGCCGACGACGCUCCACGAGAACGCCGCUCCCAUUUUGAUUCGCUAGAGCAGUUUGUCGGAGGGUAUAUCAUGGCAUAUUGCAGAAGGCGAGAUUUCCUCUUUUGCAAGUUUUGUGGGACAAUGCUUUCUUUCCCUUCGACCAAGCAUGCUAUAUGUCCUCUGUGCAAGUCAAAGCAAAGCUUAAAGGAGAUUGCUGGAAAGGAAACAUGUUACACUGCUACAGCCGAGGAUAUAAGAAGAGAGCUGAACAUAGAGCCUCUUAUAAAACUGGACGGAAUUAAGUUUGACGAAGUGAAGGUUAAAAAAUCGACGACAAAUCAGGCAUGUCCAAAUUGUAACUACACCAAAGCAGAGUAUGAAGCCAGACAAAUGAGAUCUGCUGAUGAAGGGCAAACAAUCACCUAUACAUGCCUCAAAUGCAAUCACAGAUGGAGAGAGAAUACUUGAACUCUCCGUUGUGCAUUCCCUGGUGAUUGGGUUGUUGGCUUUUGAAGAUUCACCAGUUUUGAGAGAGUCAUUUUAUCCCUUAAUUUAAUUUUGUCCGUAAACCUAAAGAGCACUUCUCAUUAUUGCAAAAAAAUUUCUUUCUGGAAGAUAUUUUCAUUUGUUUGCUUAUAUAUAAUAUAUUAUACACUUAGGGUGGAAAAAAACAUUAGGUACCCUUGGUCUAUAUUUAGAAAUGAUAGAUCGCAUCUUUCUUUUCAAUAGUAAAGGGAAGAAGUGUAAUUUUCCCUCAUUAUAUAACACAGCAAUUUUGCUUUAUUUUAUUUACCAAUUUGCUGCU